CUGCUGCAGCCGCCGCAGGCCUGGGCCGUUCCUUCCCUGCCGCCUGAAGCGGCUUCUUCCCUCGGGCUCCCGAGUCCGCUCGCCCUCCGACGCUGCCUAGGAAUUUGCCAAGAAACUGAACUGAUUCAAAUAUAUUUUGCGUGGGACACCAGAGAUGUACUGGAGUUGAGAUUCCUUCAUUUGAUUAAGGUAUGGUCUGAAUAUGCGUUGCUUGGCAGCUCGGGUCAACUAUAAGACUCUGAUCGUCAUCUGCGCACUCUUCACUCUGGUCACAGUGCUCUUGUGGAAUAAAUGUUCCAGCGACAGACCUAUCCAGUUUCCCCGACACUUGAGUGGUGGCUUCAGAGAUGGCUUAGAGAAGAGAGCAGCCGCAUCGGAGAGUAACAACUAUGUGAACCACAUGGCCAAACCACAGUCGGAGGAAGGAUUCCCUCAGGAACAGCAGAAAGCGCCCCCAGUGGUGGGGGGCUUCAAUGGCAAUGGGGGAAGCAAGGUGUUGGGGCUCAAAUAUGAGGAGAUUGACUGUCUCAUAAAUGAUGAUCAUACAAUUAAAGGGAGACGUGAGGGGAAUGAAGUCUUUCUGCCAUUCACGUGGGUCGAGAAGUACUUUGACGUCUAUGGAAAGGUGGUUCAGUAUGAUGGCUAUGACCGCUUUGAGUUCUCCCAUAGCUACUCCAAGGUCUAUGCACAGCGAGCCCCUUAUCACCCGGACGGUGUGUUUAUGUCCUUUGAAGGCUACAAUGUGGAAGUCCGCGACAGAGUCAAGUGCAUAAGCGGGGUUGAAGGUGUUCCAUUAUCCACCCAAUGGGGACCUCAAGGCUAUUUCUACCCAAUCCAGAUUGCACAGUAUGGGUUAAGCCAUUACAGCAAGAACCUCACUGAGAAACCCCCUCACAUAGAGGUGUAUGAAACAGCCGAAGACAAGGACAGGAACAGCAAGCCAAACGACUGGGUGGUGCCAAAGGGCUGCUUUAUGUCUAACGUGGCGGAUAAGUCCAGAUUCACCAAUGUUAAACAGUUUACUGCUCCAGAAACCAGUGAGGGUGUGUCGCUGCAACUUGGGAACACCAAGGACUUCAUUAUUUCAUUUGACCUCAAGUUCCUGACCAACGGCAGUGUGUCGGUGGUGUUGGAGACCACAGAGAAGAACCAGCUCUUCACUGUGCACUAUGUCUCCAACACCCAGCUCAUUGCGUUCAAGGAGCGGGACGUGUACUAUGGCAUCGGUCCCCGGACGUCGUGGGGCACGGUGACCCGGGACCUGGUGACCGACCUCCGGAAAGGAGUGGGCCUUUCCAACACAAAAGCUGUUAAGCCGACCAAGAUCAUGCCCAAGAAGGUGGUGCGCUUGGUGGCAAAAGGCAAAGGCUUCCUGGACAACAUCACCAUCUCUACCACCGCACACAUGGCCGCCUUUUUUGCCGCCAGUGACUGGCUGGUGCGGAACCAGGACGAGAAAGGUGGCUGGCCCAUCAUGGUGACCCGGAAGUUAGGGGAAGGGUUCAAGGCCCUAGAGCCGGGCUGGUACUCUGCGAUGGCCCAAGGCCAAGCCAUCUCGACACUCGUCCGGGCCUACCUGUUAACAAAAGACCACACAUUCCUCAGUUCAGCUUUAAGGGCCACGGCCCCUUACAAGUUUCCAUCGGAGCAGCACGGGGUCAGAGCUGUAUUUAUGAAUAAACAUGACUGGUAUGAGGAGUACCCCACCACCCCGAGCUCUUUCGUUUUAAAUGGCUUUAUGUAUUCCUUAAUCGGGCUCUAUGACUUAAAGGAAACUGCCGGGGAGAAACUCGGAAAAGAAGCGAAGGCCUUGUAUGAGCGUGGCAUGGAGUCCCUGAAAGCUAUGCUCCCCUUGUAUGACACUGGCUCAGGGACCAUCUAUGACCUCCGUCAUUUCAUGCUCGGCAUCACCCCCAACUUGGCCCGCUGGGACUACCAUACCACCCACAUCAACCAGCUGCAACUACUCAGCACUGUCGAUGAGUCCCCAAUCUUCAAAGAAUUUGUCAAGAGAUGGAAAAGCUACCUAAAAGGCAACCGGGCAAAGCACAACUAGAGCUCACGACCAAAGCCGGCGCCGCCGCCGCAUUUCCCAAGGCCGCCCACUGGGCUUCGUGUGUCAGCAGAGAGACCCUUGAGGCCAGUCUGCUGAGAGACUCGCAUUCUGUGGGCUGGGGGGGAGGGGACGUCGGGGGGCCGGGUGACAGGGCUCUGUUUGGUGCGCCUCUCCGUAUGGCUGUGGCAGUGGUGGCAGCCCUGGCCACCCACCUGGCUCGUCCCUGACAGCUUAGUAUGAAGCUCUUUUCAAAUGUGCUUCUGUUUCUGACCGAAUGCAGACUCUUUACCAAGUCGUGGACUGUGAACACCAUGAGUGUGUACUUGUAGCCCGGAGCGUGGCCCAUGCAGCACUUUUUAAAAGAGACCUGUCUUUUCUAGAAUUUCAUUUCUCUGGGCAGAGGAGUGUCUGCUCUCUAGAGAGGGUGUGGAGUCUCUGCUUGUCUUGAAGUGCGGCAGUAGAAACCCAUUUGGGGUGCCGGCGUCAGUUAUGUAAUGUAAGCACAACUUACACGGGACUUGUCGACUGCACAAGGGUUAUGAAGAUGUUGUUUGUGUGAGGAAACUUGAUCUGCAAUCAGUAAAGGUUUGAUAAUCAGCCCCUCCCCCACCGCCGCCCCGCCCCCAUUGUGAUGGCUUGGUUUUGAUGUCCUCAGCUAGGGUUUUAUGUCUUAUUUAGGUGCAACCUGAUUUGGGGACAUUUAUCACAGCCUAAACAUGAGUCCUUUUGUAGGAGCUAGAAAAGUGUGGGAAGGAGCUAGUGAGCCCACCACCACUGGUCUUUCAGGAUUUCUUCCCCAUUACCCCUGCACCCCCCUGUAACAAAAGCUAUGUCACAGCUAACAUGUAAACUGUUCUUCCAAACCAUGGGCCCUGGGCAUGGCUUUUUGUUUGUAAGUGUAAUUUUAAAUUAUCCCAGCUACCGGAUUGUAGGGCUGCUACUGCCCUGUUGCCCCCAUGUAAUCAGGCCUUUGUUCUGCUUAGUCCUGCCGUACCUCCCACGCAGCCCUCAGCCCACGGGCCAGGUGUGCUCCUUGGCUCCAGGCCUCAGGUGA